CCGCCCCGGCAAAGUCGGUCAACCAAAUAGCCUAUCAGUUCAAUAAAAAGUGUUCCUGGGGGCAGGCGCUUAUAUUAUUUACAUGCUCAAGACUUCUCGAUUCGUUUACAUCAGGAUCUACGUUACCUUUUUCCAAGCUUUAAAGGUGGUAUACAGGAACAAGAUAUUUGGAUUUUGAGUGGAACCAGCCCAGUUUCUUCUCACAAAAGUGUACCAGUGCCUAACAGAAAUGGACACAAUCACCUUGGAAGCCUGUAAUAUUUCGGCGUAUAACGUAUUUCACUAGAAGUAGACAGAUGAAUGAUUUUUUACUAAAAAUGAGAGUUGGGCUCACCAGGUGGACUUGUAAACUGAUAUUGUGUAAUUUAUCUGGUGGAUUUUGCUGCCUAAUGCCAGGUGGUAUGUCGGGAAUACCAUCUAUUACAGGAAUUUUUACUUUGCCAAAGUGCAACAGCCCAUCAAAAGCAACAUCCCCGAAGGUCACCUUCAACACCACGAUGAGACAAAUAUAUCUGUUUCUGUUCUCUUUUUUUGCCUUACUUAUCACGUUGGUAGCCCCAAUGGUUAUCGGAAAAGGGCAUCCCGAGAAAAACGAAGAGUCUCCAUUUCCAGAGACAAACAAAACCGCUGCAGAAUCUCAUGAUGAAAAGCAAAACCUUUCAUUGAAUCGUAUCAUGAUCAUCAAGGAAAACUACAGCCACGAGGAAACAAAUUUACCCCAAACCCUUCGAGGAAAAUCAUCUCCUGAUACCAACAUUAAAGUUCCUAUCAAAGGAUCCACAGCAAAAACAAAACAUGAUACCACAUCAGAGGACAAGGACCGCGAUUUUGAUGGCUGUCGAAAAGAGGAUAUGAUCGUCCACACAGCAGAGCUUGGCUUGCCAACAAAGUACAUCCAACCUAAGACAAUCAACGCCUAUCAGUGCAAGGGGAAGUGCUCCCCCAAGCAGUGGAGAAAAUACAGCCUUCACUCGCUGCUCAAGGCGUAUUUGGAGGAAAAGAAAGGUAUCGGUGUUGAUAACAAUGCAUGCUGUGUGCCAACUAAGCUUCGACCGAUGUCUCUUAUCUAUUACGACGAAAAGCUUGGCUUUGUGAGGCACAUCCUUGACGAUGCGAUUGUUCAGGAGUGUGGUUGUUACUGAAAGCAUUGCCAAUUAAUUUCCUCGAAAUGGGGGAAUUUAGAGUUUAUUUGUUGAACGAAAUUAUACACAAUCGACCAAGCCGUAGUAUACGGUGCUACGUAGAUUAAGCCCAGAUGCAUUAGUUAGAGUGACAUGUUACGAUUUUGUCGGUUGAUUUUAACAGUUGAGUGCAAAAGGUAAAAUUUUAUUCCUAAGUAUGCUUGUAUCAAUCCCGUCUUGCUUUCUUGCGUCAGAACUUCUAAACAGACGGAAUCCAGGCCAGGGCCCAUUUCUCAAAGGUCCCGCUUACUUAGUUGUUUUGAGUAAAGAUGGGGGUUUUAAAAGUUUUGAAAAUUAUACGGUAAAAAUAUCAGGUCGAGAAACAAAAUGGACUGGUUAAAGGGCCAGAAUCUUCUCUUUUCUUUAAGUUUUGAUUUUGAAACAUGAUAUGCCUUCGGGCCCGUUAGGUUACCGAAAUUUUCGAGAAGCGGGUCCCUGGGCUGCUCUGUAAUCCUCGGUGUUUCCAGAAUUUGAGGAUCUUUUUUUUUUUUAUUCGCAAAAAUUUAGAGAGAGCAGUACAUUUUGGUAGAAAUACUUAAAUAUUGACAACAUAAAAGAACUUGCUACAUUAAUAAAUAUUUUUUUGUGAGUCAGUAAAUAGUUUUGAACCUGUAGUAAAAGUUAAGGGUGUGGUCUUUUCGUCCGCUUGAGAGUAUUAAAGUGGACAGCUCUCACCGAAAGUGAUGCACGUCUCGACAACCUGAACGGAAGCCGUCAUUAGAAUGGAGUUGUUUGAAUUUGACCCGGGAAUCAGGAGUUCCAUGCUACAGGCGGCUAAGCAGCCAUUGGUAAUAUUAAAUAUGUAUUCCUACCUGAAGAGCGUUGUGUGAAAGCAAUGAUUUCAGUUAGAAUUAUGAAUGAUUAUCCUAUGAACCGCCCCCAUGAAUUCGCCCAUGGCCGGCUUGUUGUCGUGUUUUCCUCUCUACGACGUCAGAGGGUAUCAUGCCCUCGAGUAUUCUCAGACCACCUCGGUUGCACGUGAAAAGAGCAUGACUGAUGAUGGCGUAACAUUUAAAGCUUUCAGGUAUCUUACGCUCCUUUACUCUUUGAUAAAACUUAUCGAUAAAUGUUCCAUUUCUUUCUUCAUCUGUUACCUUCGUUGUGCUGUGUUGCAAAUCCCAACCAACUGAUCCCUCCGGAAACAGUUCAUUUCGUUUUUCUCGGCUUCGUCUAGGGUUAGUUUUAUAUCAGUAAAGUCCAUGAUGAUAAAGAAUAACGGAAGCAGAUAUACUGCGGACAAAGAAGCUUGUGUACGAAAACAAAAAUGCAAAACAGACCUUAAGUGCAACAAUAUGAUUGGUCAUGGUUUCUACAUUUGGGAUUGAUAUUUACUGUUAGGAAGCGAUGGUUUACGUUAUACAUGUAGCCCAUGAAGCAAUAUCCUUUGUAUAGAACAUUUCUGGAAUCAAAGAGGCAUUAAACAAAACGAGUUGAUUACAU